AUGAUGUUCAGCGUACAUCAAGAAGGCUACUAUGCCUCGCCUCAGACUCCUGUGGCGGUCAAAAUCAACGGUGAUAAGAGCAUAAGCCAGUCAAGCACGCCAAGCGCUUCCAGCAAUUACAGCAAUAAGAGACCUCGCAAAUCACCAUCACCGCUCGCCUCCGCUAGCCAACCUGGCGCUGACAACAAGCCCGACAUCAAUGUACCCGUCGCCAAUAUGAAGACAGCAAGACCUUAUCGAUCGCACAAGUAUCCGGCAUGUACGCGAUGUCACAAGCGACGGUCACGGUGCACCAUCGAAGUCCCUGGACAAGCGUGCCUACUAUGCCGGAUGCACGGAGUUCCGUGCUCUUCGGCGACGGGCAAGAAGGAGGACCGCGCCACGCCCAAGAUCGGCUUCAUUCAUCGCUCCAUGCUACCGGAGAACGACAACAUGGCCCUUGACGAGUCGUCAUACAUCGUCGGCCCGAUAGUAGCGCGCGACAAUCAAGUCAUUGACCAGUAUCUCCCACAGGCCGCCAACGGCAACUCUGGACAUGUCCCAAUUCAGCCAAAUCUGGGCCGCAAAGACUCGCAACAGAAGCCCAUCUAUCGCGCCGCUGUACCACCUCGGCGAGCAACACCGCAGGACUGCUCCUGCUCACGCAACCUCCCGGACGAGCUGCUCUCACAAGUCGACCCAUUCCUCGACAAAGUCGUUGCGAACUUCUACGAGAACGUACACCCAGCCUUCCCAUUCACCGAAGAGUCCUGUGUAGUCUCACGGCUCAAGACCCGCCACCAGAUACCCUCCAACUUUCUCGCCAACCUCGUCGCGCACGCACUCUUCUACUGGGAUCUCUCGCCCGCCCUUUCCGCCUACGCACGGCCCGACCAGGACUUUGCAUGGCAAGUGGGCACCUCAGUCAACAAUUCAGAAUUCUCAAAGAACAACCUAGCAAAUAUCCUCUCCAUGACCAUGAAUCUCGCUGGCCGACCCUCGACCAACCUGAUAAACAAUUCCACCAAUGUGGCUAAGACUGUCGCCCUCGCUCAUGCUAUUGGCCUGAACCACGAUUGUGCAGAAUGGAAAAUGCUCGACCAAGAGCGUCGGGUCCGCUGGAAAGCGUGGUGGGGCGUCGUCGUGCACGACAGAUGGUUCAACUUUGCCCAAGGCACACCUCCCUACAUCUCCAAGAACCACUACGACGUGCCACUCCCAACCCUGGACCUCCUCACCGGCGCCCGCAGCAACAGCCUGAAACACGUACGCGCUGCGGAAGUCUUCAUUCACCUGUGCAAGCUCACCGAGAUUGUAGGCGACGUGCUGCCGCUGAUCUAUCAUAUCCGCUCCGGCAAUGACACUAUUGCCGCAGAGCAGACCUCCCGCAGCGAGAUCGAACUCAACCGCUGGAUCGAGUCGCGGCCUGGAUGGCUUGAUCUGUCUGACUUCACCUCCCGGCCCGCCGUGCCCGGCCUGGUAAACCUCCAACUUUCCUUCCUUGCCGUCCGCAUGCUUCUACGGCGCAUAGCCUGGCACGAAAUCUCACAGCGCGAGACUGAACCCGCGGCCUCCUGGCUCAGUGGCUGUCAGGCCGCCGCAGAGGAUAUCGUGCGCUUCACCGCCUCCCUCCAGAAGACCGAUCUCCGAGGGUUCUGGCUACCAUACAACGCGCACCAUUUCACAUCGGCCGUGACAUUACUCCUGCGCUGUGCCCUACAGACAAACUUCCCCGAAGUACGCAAGGGCUGCAUGACGAGCGCACGCGCCCUAGUCGACAACCUAAGGAGGCAUUUCGAAGAAAGCGGCUGGGACUUGGCAGAAACAGCACUAGCCAGCUCAGAGAACAUCCUGCGGAGAAUCGAGGAUGCUGUGCCGAGGGAGAUGCUAAACUUCAACUCAUCCGCGGGAUCGACACCAGCACUGGGCACGCCGAGCAUGCAAAACCUACAAACGUCAUCAGGAUUUUACGGCGCAGGCCUGAAUGGACUCUCAGGGGCAAGCGGCUUCGACGCUAAUGGGCAGCAGACCGUCGUAGGGGUUGGCGACGAUGGGUUUCUGAGCUAUCAAGGGCAGCAGGGGAGUAUUGAGGAGUUGUUUCCGGAGAUCUUUGGCGAGUUUCAGGAUACUGCGCUGUUCAGUAUGGCGGCGUCGGGGGGCGGUGAUUUUGAUGAGCCGUUUAAUGGUGUGAAUGGGGCUGGCGGAAUGGGGCAGAACGGUGGUGGUGGUGGCGGCAGUAAUAGUGGCUAUCCGCCGCCAUCGUCGCAGGGGAUGGGCACGCCGUUGGGCACGCCGAUGGUGGGGACGCCGUUGGGUGUUGGCGUCGGAGGUGGGAUGAGUGGUGGAUAUUAA